CCUGUGGCUGUCGGUCGUCUCCGAGGUGCUCUACAUCCUCCUGCUGGUGGUUGGUUUCAGCCUCAUGUGUCUCGAGCUCUUCCACUCCAGCAAUGUCAUCGACGGGCUCAAGCUCAAUGCCUUUGCGGCGGUCUUCACGGUGCUCUCAGGCCUCCUGGGAAUGGUAGCCCACAUGAUGUACACGCAGGUGUUCCAGGUCACCGUGAGCCUCGGCCCUGAAGACUGGAGGCCCCAUUCCUGGGACUACGGGUGGUCCUUCUGCCUGGCGUGGGGCUCCUUUACCUGCUGCAUGGCAGCCUCUGUCACCACGCUCAACUCCUACACCAAGACGGUCAUUGAGUUCCGGCACAAGCGCAAGGUCUUUGAGCAGGGCUACCGGGAGGAGCCGACCUUCAUAGACCCUGAGGCCAUCAAGUACUUCCGGGAGAGGAUGGAGAAGGGGGAUGGGCACGAGGAGGACUUUCGCUUGGAUUGCCGCCACGAGAGAUACCCUGCCCGAUACCAGCCACACAUGGGAGAUUCCUGGCCCCGGAGCUCUGCACAGGAGGUGCCAGAGCUGAACCGCCAGUGCUGGGUCCUGGGGCAUUGGGUGUGACAGCGACCAGCCUGGCUCCAGACCUCGGGCCGUCAUCGGCACCAGCCCCCUGCUGCAAGACCACUGGUCUGGCGCCUUUGGAAACCUGGCCUGUGUGGGACACAUGUGGCCUGCCCUGCCUGCCGCUGCCUGGGUCUCAGGGUCCUGGAAACAGGGCCAGGGCAGCCAGAGGGACUGCACAGGGCUGCACAGCGUGACUCUGGGACAGCAACUCCUAACUCUCGCCACCGCCACAUGCAGAGCCCUGCUGGGUGCAGCUGGGAUGCCGGGAGAGACACAGACCUCGGCCACCGAAAACCUGGGACCCACGAGCCAGCCGGGAAGUUCAGGAGGUCCCCAGCGUGCGGAGCCCUGCGGGGGGCAGGGAAUGGGUGGGGCUUCCUGAAGGAGGGGCAGUGGCACUGGCACCAGGGGCAUCACACAGCAGGCACACAGCAAGGGCUCAAUAAAUGCUUGUUGAA